AUGGCGUCCACAAGAAGCCGCCGACUUUGCGCCUGGCGUGCCGGGCUGGUCUGCCUCGCCUUCCAGUUCACUGUGGCUGUCAUGCAUGCUGCAGAAGACCAAGAGGAGUCUUCGGAGUCAGGCAAUUCGAACUUUGACGAAGGGGCACCUCACAUUGCUCCGCUUUUAACAUCAAACCACAUGUUGGACCCUCAAAACCGGUUUGGCGAGGCACCUGUGAUCGAACUCGCGGAUUUAGUGGGGCGCCUUGAGCAUGAGGAGAACGAAAUGUGGUCGACUGUAGAAAAGGACCACGACCUCAUGAAGGAGCUGGUGCAGAUACCCAUGAAUUCGUUGGAGCUCGGAAAACAGCAGACCGAUGCGAUAGAGCGAGUCAUAAACGGACUCAAGAGGAAAAUCGCCAUGUUUAGGUGGCAGUAUCGAGAACUCCUGGAGCUAAUAAGCUCCACUGCAAUUCAGAACGCGGGGGCCACCAGGGAGCGGCUUGGGAAGCUACGGAUGCGGGUGAGUGAUGCUGUGCGCAUGGUUUCUGUUAUUGCACUGGAAGAGUUCGGAGCAUUCGCCAGCCGGCUGAAGUCUACUCCUAAAGAGCGAGUCCUGGUGGCUCGCGAGUAUGGUGCUGAAAUGGCACUUAGUACUCAUCGGGUGGAGCUCAUGGAAAGAAAGUAUAAACAGCUGUGCGACGCCUAUGAUAAAAUCGUGGAGCGCGUGCAGCACUGGGACAAGGAACUAACCGCCCAUUCCAUCCGAAUGUCGGAAAGGGCUAUGGAGGAGAUGCGCAUUCAGAUGGAUAGCUAUGCAAGUGCUGCGGGGGCUGCCAUGUCCGUUAAGGAAACGGAGUUCACGCGGUUUGUGAAGAACUCGAGGAUGGAGGAGCUUUACUUCCAGUCAAUCAUUGAGGACUGCACCGAGCAGCUCAGUUCCAAAGGAGUUGCUGUCAUUGAUGUUAGUAAAGCAAGGGACCCAACUAAUCCGGGAGUCUCCACAGCGGGGGGCUGGAUCAGCAAGAUAAUUGAAGCCAUAUCUUCACUGAACUCUUCUUGGGCCAUAUACCCUGCAUUUGUGCAUGUGGACGAGCAAGACACGAGGUAUCCCGGGGGUUCUGGACGACUGCAGCUUCAGCCGUCAGUGCGGACUAUUCAGGCUGCAGUGGAGCCAUUGUUUAAGGAGCCUGGCCUAUCUCAGUAUUCCGUAAUUUCAAUUAGUCAGUUACUGACGCGCAUUGUCGUCGCAUCAACCAAUGUUGCUGGGAUGGCAGUUUCCCCGGUCUCAGUUUUCGCUUCGACUGAGCCCGCCGUUGUGACUUCGGCCAAACAUUUUGGUUUUCACUUUACUCGACGCCUGGCACACCUCAAGGCUUCAGAUUUCAGCAUCACCAGCAAUGACCAGAAAGUUCUCAUUGCCUAUGUCGGCCAAACUCCGCUGCCCGAAUUCAAGGGCAACGAGAUGAAUUUAGGCUGGCUUUCGCAGUUGGGCACCGCCAUCGUUUCGUUUUUAUCAUUUGACGCAACGGGCCCCUUUGAAUUGCUGGAGUUGCGAUCGCGAGUUAGGAAUGAGAUUGCUUACGUGGCAGCAAUCGAGCGCAACACAAAUACAAGGCUACUCUCUGGGGCCCUGGCCAGCAGUUACGAUACACUGUUGGCUGAAGGCGAUUCUGACCUCGGAUACUUCAAGCUCUUCGAGAGACACAACACAGCAGUUUUUGUGGGAAUUACGUCGCUGCCACCUCUACAACUGCCACUGUCUUCCUUUCUAAGGGCGGCUGCGUUUAUUAUGAGGAUCGAAGUCGCACGCUCUGCGUAUGGCCAGCGGGAAUAUGUGGUGCCCUCGAGAGAUACUGUCCUGCAAGCCCUGACGCAUCUGUUUCUCUACCCGAUGAUGGGGGAUGCCCAGGCCCUCGUGCGCACACAGCUGAAGCGAGACACUCGGUUUCCCUUCCUUCGCGUUAAGUCAGGCGUUUCGUUGGGCUACCUCAUAACAUCUCAGCGACGAAUUCUGCUUGGCAGAGACCAUCUGGCAGACCUCAGGAGUCAGCACGUUAGGAGGAACUCGAUGGUGGCAACUCUAACGUCGUACGUAUCCACGGACUUCAUUCCACAGAAUGUGGAAUCUCUACGAGGCAAGCUGGAUGGCCGCCUGCUCUAUGUGCAGAUUUGCAUUAUUGGCGAACAGUGCAACUGA